UAUUUAAGUUCAAUCAUUUUUUGCCACAAAUUUUUGUGAAGCCCAUUUUAACCUUGUUUAUAGAAGUUCUAUACAAAUAAAGUUAUGAUUCAAGUUAUUAUUAUUACUAUUACCGUGACUAUCAAGCUAAAUCUAAUUUCUUUACUUCAUCAAGUCAAUAUAUAACAAAGCCCCAUGGGGUAAUUUUUCAUCACAUAACAAAAUGCAGUAUUUGCUGUUGCUAAUAAGUAGUUCAAUAGGAAUUUGACAAGAAGAAUUCUUACUCAUGUAAAAUUAGAUUUUGUAAUGUUGUAUUGGCAGUUAUGCUAAAAGGUUCAGGGUGUGGAAUGUAGUGACAUCAAGUGGUGAACUUGCAGGGUGCAGCUGAACACCCGUUACCUCCCCUUCCAACAUGAUUGAAAACUUCCUUAUGUAAAUUUAAAAUAUUUAAAUAUAAAAACAUGAACGAAAACCUGUGGCAGUCUUCAGUUACCAGAGAUUCAAACUCAAAAGGAGUUUAGUUUUUCCAGUCUGGGCUUCUUUAAAAAACAUGGCAGCCUCAAUAGAGAGGACCAGCUUCUUAUGUAAAUUUAAAGUAUCUAAAUAUAAAGGGUAAAGAAGCAAUAAUUUGUCAAUAAAUCUCUUUCACCAAAAUCUUACACACUGGACCUUUAAGUAAACAAUAUGAAUGCAUCUUCAUCCUUUGGGUGAAUUCCUGCAUUAACAUGUAGUCUGAAUGUUCUACUUUACAGCAAUGGGAGGAGCUCCUUCAGCACUCUUUGAGGAGCCAUGGAGGGAGGUGUCAGAGAAGUACAAGGACAAUCUUAAGUUUGUGAAAUCUUACCAACCUCAAAACAAACAAGUCGAACAUCUCAGGAUUCUGCUUCAUGGACCAGUAGGUGCUGGAAAGUCGAGCUUCAUCAACUCUGUCGACACCGUUUUAAAAGGCAGAUCUGCUGGUCGAGCUCAGACAAAUACAAGCUAUGCUGGGAGCAGCUUCUCCAAACAGAACCGGACCUUCAAAUUUCACAAAAAUGCAGAGGCCACUUACUCUUUUGUCUUUAAUGACAUCAUGGGCUUUGAAGAAGAUUCUGACUGUGGAGUCUCGGUGGAAGACGUCAAACUGGCCCUGAGAGGACACGUGAAAGAAGGUUACAAGAUCAACCCUAACCAAGAACUGAAGGAAGGUGUUGAUGGCUACAACUCCGAUCCCACUUUGGGAGACAAAGUUCACGUUCUGGUGUGUGUUAUUCCUGUGGACUCGGAAUGUUUGUUAAGUGACAAAGUUGUGGAGAAAUUUAAAGAGGUCAGACUGGCAGCCAGUGAACUGGGAAUUCCUCAACUGGCUAUUAUCACCAAAGUUGAUGAAGCCUGUCCUGAGGUUAAAAAGGACACAAGCAAUAUCUAUAAGAGCAAGUACCUGAAGGAGCAGGUUGAAAUAUUCCACCAGCAGCUGGGCCUUCCAAUGAACUGCAUCUUCCUUGUGAGGAACUACAAUCCGGAAAUUGAGUCAAAUGACAAAAUUAACGCUGCGAUAGUGUGCGCACUGAAACAGAUGCUUUUGUAUGGAGAAGACUACCUCAACGACCUGUAAACAUGAAUACCCAGCAGGCGAUUUGUAGGGGAAUGAGGAAAUAUUCAAACAAUGUUUACUGUCUUUUUCAAGCAGGCAAGAUUGAAGCGUGAAAUAUGGAAUAAAAUUGUAUACAAAUUAGCUCCUAAACUUUUUAUAUAAUAUCUCUCAUUGAGACUUUGCACAAUAGCAGGACAAUGCUCUGUCAUUACGUCGUUAGCUUGAUGUGACGUCAUCACGUGAUCCGGUCAACAACUCAGCUGUUGUGAUGGUGCCUUCACGUGCCGCCGGGAAGGAGUGAUUCAAAUGCUCUCGUCUUUAUUGUUGACUCCCAGUGUUUAAUACACCAUCUGCUCUAACAAAUUAAUUAUGGCUUCCUUGCUUGGUUUGUGCUUCGUUUUGUGUUUGUAAAAAAAAAAAUCGGACAAACAAAUGAUUUUGCUAAAGAGACGAACAGACAAAUGUUUUUUAUAAUGUUGUGAUGGAAAUUUGUAAAUACUCGAGGCUGGAACACCAAAUUUGUCUAUAUGUGUUUUAAUAGGGGCUUUCUGCAGAAAUGAUAAACACAGAGAGUCACAGGGAUCUCAGAGUGUUGAUUGAGAACCGUCAAAUGCAAGGAUAUUAUAGAACUAAGGCUGACUGUCUGAGCCAGAUCAGACUGGUUCUGUAGGGUUUCCUUAGAAGAUUAAGCAGACGGGAAUUCAAUUUUUGGACAGUCAAUAAGUAAUGGAAAGGUCCUAAAGGUAUUAGAAAGGUCACAUAGGUUUCAGGUCACAAACAGUUCAGGUCAUACACGUUUCAGACAGGUAUGCAAAAAGUUAAUUAUCCAAUACAAUGUACAAUAUAAUCAUCUCAUCCUUUCAUCCUCUUUACCUCCCUGGGACUCCAUUAACUUUUUCAAUUCGACCAUAAUUACUAUAAGUACUGUUAUAUGAUUGUCUUGCAAUAUACGUUGAUUAAUAAUAUGGUUAUUGUUGACUUUGAAUCAUGUAUCGUGAGUUCCUGGUCGUGGGAAGCAAUGAAGUACAAAUAUAAAGCUUUUUUUUGUGUAAACAAAUAAAAAUUUGCUUUAACCCUU